AUGGACGUUCAUUCGUCGAUCCCAGCGGGUAGCGUGGAGACCCAAACAUCCCAGCCAACUCCCUCGACAUUCUUCGACCAGUUGGAUGUCGAUUCCAGCUCCUCACACGCCCAAUCCUCCGAACCCGAUGAGGACCCUGACUUUACCAUGAACUCCGCGCAACUAGACCUGGACGACCACAGCUUUAUUCCCUCAAUCACCGACGAAAGCCUGUUCCAACCCAGCGAAAAUGGCGAUGAACGCGUCAAUAAUCAAACUUUAAUCGAAGAGCACGAAAUGCGCCGGAAGUUGAUGGACAUCGAGUCGAGUUUCCUGCCCGAACCCUCCACAAUUGACGUCGCCGCGAAGGGCCCGCUAGUCGGCGCAGACGACACAUAUCUCGUUGGGAUCCCCAAAGAUGAUGGUGCCAAUACAACACAAGACUCCUCACAGCUGUCCUUUGCAGAGCCGGAAAUCGACCACACCGACCGCACCGACCAGAGCGAAGACCCCAGAUCUCACAUCGACCCAGAGAUAGCAGGCCCCGCUGAAGAUAAUGACCCUAUAGACCCGAACGACUCCAUGCUAGACUCCCUCUCCUCCUCCCCCACAGCGGCGGCAGUACUGCGCCGGAACCAGUCAACGCUGUCUGAGAAUGCGCGCGACAACAGUCAGCUCUCCGAUGAGCGCCCGUUCAGAUCUGACUACUCCAUGGCUGGCAACGAAUCACAACUCACACCUUCCAAACUGCAAACCAACUCCCGCAGCUUGUCACCGGGCGCAUCGAGGUUGUUCAGUGACCAGAGCGGCAGUGCGACGAGCAGCCGAAGGCCCAGCCGCCCCAAGUAUCUGACUAGCCGCCAGUCCUCGCAUCGCCUCUCUCACUCCUCUGUGACCAGCAACAAUACGGAAAAUACAAACAGCGAUGCUACAUUGGGCGCUGACUACGCGCUUCAAACCGGCGGCGCGACAUCCGACAACUAUGGCAGUCUCCACUCUGGCAGCCGCGCUCAUAUGGCAAGGACAACUAGUCUGGGAAGCAUGGCAUCGGGAGUUUCUGGUUACAGUGAGGAGAACUCGGUGGACAAAAGAAAUGCGCCCGGGGCGGAGAGCAAUCUGCAUACGCUCGAGGAGGAAAGCUCUCCAAAGUCUCGCGCAGCCCCAGCCCCGGAGGAUGACCUGUCGGCACCAGCGACACCCAAGGCGAAGCCACAAGAUAGUGCUGUCCCUACGGACACGGUGAUCGCCGAGCGUGUGAAGGGCAUCCAGGUGCCUACCACAUUUGCGCAACGAUUCCGAGAAGACAACCAACAACCUGCCGAAAAGCGUGCGGGUGCUUCAGCGUCGUUCGCCAAGAGCGGCCGGAACUUGACCCUCAAGGAGCAGAGCAGCACGAUCGAUCGCCUCGCAAAGGAGAACUUCGACUUGAAAAUGCGAAUUCAUUUCCUCAACGAGGCAUUAAACAAGCGGUCCGAGGAAGGCAUCAAGGAGAUGAUCUCGGAGAAUGUCGAGCUCAAAUCGGACAAGGUAAAGUUGUCAAAAGACAACCAGAGCCUGAAGCGCAAGAUUCGCGAUCUGGAAAAGCAAGUCAAGGACCACCAAUCCGACAAGGACUCCAUGGUCAAUCAUGACCCCGAAGCGUCGGAAGAUGGCGACCGUGAAUCGGCGCAAGAUGAAGAAAUUAUCUUCCUGCGCGAACGAGUUGAUACAUACGAGCUUGAGAUUGAGCGUAUGAGAUCCGAGUCCAUCGCACGGGAGAGCGAAAAGCGCCGGUUGGCCGAGAUGGUCAAAUCACUGACCGACAACCGUGCCGGGGAGUCUGAAGCGGGUGCUCGAGAGGAGCGAGACAUGUGGAAAGACAUACUCGACGCAGAGACAUCAGCGCGCGAACAAGCCGAGGAGGAGAAUCGGCGGCUUCGAGACGAAUCCAUUCGUCUACGCAGCGAGAUGUACAGGUCAGACCACAACGCUGACCGCGGCGCUGCCAGCACUCUUGUUGUAGAGCUAGGCCUCCUCAAGCAAGAAAACGCAGAACUGAGGAAAGAAGUCAGCGCUCAGACUUCUAUGCUUACAUCUCGGAACCGAGAGAAGGAGCGUCUGUACCAGGAGAUCGAAGAGCUGAAGCUUGGGGAGCGUCGUCACCCCCGGUCGAUGACGGGAGAUAGCAUCUUUGACCGCUCUGUCUCGCGCGCUCAUAUCAGACCGUCCUCUCAGGCAAGUGAUGGGGCGAUCUCGCGAAGCGACAUGGAUCGUGAUGAGUUAGAGGCAAGAAAUGGACAGCUACGGGAUAUGGUGGCGACUCUCAAGCUUGACAACCAGGCCAUUCGAGCCCAGCUCGAGGAAUACAUGGCCGAACUCGAAGCGCUCGACAAGGCUUAUCAAGCCGAUGUUGAUCAAGCCGAGGAGGAGAUCCUCGGUGCGCAGCAAGAACGAGACCAGGCCUUGCAUAUGGCUGAUGAGCGCGAUGCUGCUUUCCAAGACUUGCGGGCCGAGGCACAGGAAGAGCUGGAUACGCUUGGUGACGAGCUCGACCAGAAGGUCAUGGAGUGUCAGCGCUUGAACGAGGAAUUGAAGAAUCAAGACGAAAAUCUCAAGAUUCUCCAAGGCGAGAUGAGGUCUGCCAGCGAGGGCAUCAUCCGUCUGGAAGAGGAUGCUCAGAACAAUCUGUCUGCGUACAAGUCUGUGCAGCAAGAGCUCAUGGAGACCAACCAGGAGAUGGAGUCUGUAGAGAAGAGUCUGUUCGAAGCCAACACGAAGGUGCAACGAUUAACUGUUCAAAUUGAGUCGAGUCAGAACGAGAUUGCUUUCCUCCGUGAAGAGCAGGACGGCGACAAGAUCCGCAUCGGGGAUCUGGAGUCUGAUUUGAAGAACUACCAUACCAGCCUCGUGAGUGAGAAAGAAAAGGCCAGGGAGCUGGAGCAACGAUUGGCGGAUGAGCGGCACCAACGCGAGGUGGUUGGAAGCAAGGAGAAGCAAGAUGUCCAGCGCAUUAUGAAUGAGUUGAACCGUGAGGCCUCGGCUUCCAAGGAGGAAGUCCGACGUCUGAAGAAGAGUCUCUCGGCCCAGGAAGUCGAGACCUCCACCUGGCGAGAGCGACUGAUGGACCUGGAGAACAACCUUCGGGAGACUCUGGGUGAUCUCAGCGGCAGCCGGUCCAGUUUGAUCACCAAUAUUAUGAAGUUGCAAAAGGAGCUCGAGUCGACCGCGCUCGAGCUGGAGAGCAUUCGCUCGCAGCUAGACGAGAAAGAGACGCUUCUCCGCAACCGUGACGCCCUACUCGAAAGCCACGGGCUAGAGUCCCGCAAGCUCUCCGAACUGCUCGAUCGGGAGCGACACGCGCGUCGUGCGGACAAGCAGUCAUUCGAGUCAUCCCUCAAAUCCCACCAGCAGGCAUCGCGGACCAUCACCCAGAGUAACUCGCGUAUCACUGAUCUGGAGAAGGCGCGCACCGAGGACCGCAAGCGAUAUGCUUCCUUGGAGCAGCAGUUCAAGGACCAGCUUAGUGAGCGAAACACCUUGUUCCUGUCCAUUUGGUCCAGAUUGUCGAGCCUUUGCGGACCGGACUGGGCGCACUCCAACAGCCUGAUCAACGGCAAUCUCCCCAGUCAAGAAGUCAUUGGCAACAUGCUAUUCUGGCCAGGCUUCAGCCGCAAUCUGAUCCUUGCCAUGAAGACGGUUGAGACCGUCAUGGCAGGGUUCAAGAACCGCAUCAAGAGCGUUGAUCACGAGUUGACCAAGCGAUACCACACACUUGAAAUCUCAUACAAUGGGCGCAUCAAGAAGCUCGAGCGCCUCGAAGAGGCUGUCAGGAACAUGCGACCUGUCCGCGGACAGUCGAGUUCGUCGCCAGAGAUGUCUAAACUGCGCGGCGAGAAUCGGCUUCUGAAGGCAGAGCUGAACCUGCUCCAAUCCAACUCGCGUGGACAUGGAUCCGCAUCUGCAGCGGCCGCGGCAGUCAUGAGCUCCGCGCCCCGUUCUCCCUCCCUGACCUCCACAGCGGAGUCAGAACGAUCGCGCCCUGUUUCUACCACUGGUUCGGAACGGCCUCGCCCCGAAAAGGGACACGCUCGCAGUGCCACUGGCCUCCCGGUCCCCUCGCAUUCCUCGACAAGUACGUUGACCAACAAUGUCGGGGCGAUGAUCCCGCGCACCCGCAGCUCUCACAGCGGGUUCGACGGCCAAGAUGAGAAAUGGCACCACCGGCUGCACGAGUUGGAGAAGCGAUUGAAGUCGGAGCGUGAAGGCCGUCUCCUGGAUCGUAGCGGUGCCCGCAAGCGACUCGAGGAGCGCGAUGCAGAGAAUCAAAGACUUCGCGACCAGCUUCUCCGAGAGCGCACGCGUCGUGGACCUUCCGGUACCAUCACCGAUGGCAGUCGCAGUCGCCCGCCCAUCUCGGACGAGGCCCCUAGUUCCAGUGAAGGUGAAGGCAUCACCGUGGAGGUCGAAGUGUGA